GUGUAGCCACUGACAUCAUGCUUCACCACGACUAUAUAGAUCGAGACAAUUCCAUCCCAUUGAUUUGACCUCCGUCUCGAUUCACAACUUCAUAUUCAAAUAUUCAUAUUCAUAUGCAAACAAAUACGAUGCCAGAACUUACUUCCCCCAAAGACAGCGACAUCACGGGCGCAGCCAAAUUCACCACCUCUACGCUGGGCAACACCGUCGUUGGGCUCUCUCGAACCUUCGGAGGCGUCACAGGUGCCGCUACGAGAGGAAUCGGGGAUACCAUCACUGGUGCGACGGGAAGUGCGGGGAAACCAGUUGGAGAUGCGUUGGGCAGUGUAGACACUGGAGUUGAAGAUGGGGCAAAGAGAGUUGCAAAGGGUGUGGAGGAUGCUGGACAGUGGAAGUGAAUGCUGCCUGAGGCUGCCUGCGAGUGAAUUGCGCGGCUCUGCCUUCCCCCCCCUCCUUUGUUUCCCUUCUUCUCCUCGAUUCUCUCUCACCUGUCACAUCAAGAUUUGUUUCUGAAUACAACUUCAAAUUCAAGUUCUCUAUCCUUGCAUUUAGUAUCCCUCAUGGAGGGAACCAAGCCUGCCCACUCGUACUCCGGGAGGGACCCGGGAGGAACCACCAGAAGGGACUCUGGGGAUUUGCUACAGACCUCAAAAC